AUGAAUGAACUAGAACAGAGUUUGCGCCGGUUUCGGGUGUGUAAACCAGUUCCGUUGUUGUUGUUGUUGUUGUUGUUGUUGUUGUUGUUGUUGUUGUUGUUGUUGUUGUUGUUGUUGUUGUUGUUGUUGUUGUUGUUGUUGUUGUUGUUGUUGUUGUUGUUGUUGUUGUUGUUGUUGUUGUUGUUGUUGUUUUUGUUUUGUUUUGUUUUGUUUUUUUUUUUUUUAAUUAUCGCCCCCCUCGAACAGGUUUUUUAA